AUGAAAAACAAAACUUCAAUAACUUGUAUUUUCUUGCUUUGUCUUGGGUGUUUACUUGUGAUAUAAAAUUAUCUAGAUGUAAGUCAAGAGUUGAUUAAAUUUUAGGGAUAAGAAACAAAUUUACAGGGCUUAUCAGAAGUCUCAGUCGAUGUUUGUGUUGAUGUUGAUUAUUAACCAUCUUCUAAUGAAAUAUCAGAAGCUAAAAGAUUAAGGGAAGAGUUAUUAUCAACUAACAAAAAAAUAGGUUUAGAUAUUCUGGCCGAAAAUGAUGGGAAAUUGACAUCUGAUCAAUAGGAGGACGCAGGAUAAGCAGCCAUAGCCAUUUUACUUCCAUGGGCGAUACUAUUUGUAAUAUCAUUAUUCACUUACAUUACGUUGUUGAUAUGUUGUAGUAAUUGUUGCCCCUGUACAUGCUGUAGGUGUACUCAAGCCUAAAAAAUUGACGACAUUAGAAUACCCUUGGCGUUUUCAAUAAUAUUUGGAGUUAUCAUAUUGGCUUUCUCUAUUGCAGGGUUGGCUUUGAGUGAAGACGUUGGCAACUCUUUGAAAUCAAUCAGAUGUGCUGGAUAUAUGAUUUUUAGUGAUAUAAAUUACGGAGUUAUAGAUAGUGAAGACGCUGAGAUUACAAGAUGGAAGGGAUUGGAUUCUGUAAUCAAUAACAUAACAAUAAUUUAAAAUGGAUUGGGUGGUUUUGUAUCCGAUACUUAAAAAUAGUUAGACUAAAUUAAUGCAAAGUAAUUAUAAGAUUAAUACGGAGAGUUAUCUGAUGAAAAUAAGAAAAUUGAAGCAAUUCCUUUAACAACUUACUAUGGUGCUAAUGACGUUCUUGGUUAUAUUUCAACAGGCAAAACUGUUAAUUCUAAUUCCAUAGCCACAGAAAUCAAAUAAAUCCCUGUGUUACCUUAAUAAUAACUAUUUAAAUAGAUAUAUGAGAAUAUUAUCAAAGAGAUUGCAAAUAUCAAAAGUUAUGGAUAAUAAUUAGGUGAUUAAUAAGGCGAUAUUUCCAAAAGCUUAGAAGAUACGAAAAAAUCAAUAAAGGACACAUAAGUAAAUCUAAUAAAUGCAGCUCAUGACUUUCUGGAAACUACAGAUUCUUUAGAAAAUGGUAGCGAUCUUACCUCAAUUGUAUUCUACAUUAUAUUUGGAGUGUUUGGACUAUUCGCUUUGUUGAUUGUUGUUAGUUCAACUCUGCUUUGUUUGGGAAAAGGAUUGAAAUGUUUCAGAUGCAUAUUGGUCUGUGCUUGCACUUUUAAUUUUUUGUUUGUUUUGAUAGGAUUUAUAUUAAGUGCAGCCUUAGGAUUAACCAGUGGAGUGCUUGCUGAAGGGUGUGACUAUAUCGAUGUAAUAUUAACAAAUCAAACUAAAUUUGAAAAUUUAAAUUAUGCAAUCAAAGACAAAGAAAUUAAAGACAUCAUGACUGAAUGUCUGUUCAAAGAUGGUGACAUUCUGAAUUAUUACAAUGUUUAUGAUUCUCUGAAAUAGGCUAUCGAUUUAGACUAAUCAAUUAGUGACUUUGAGUAAUAAAAAGCAUAGUUUCAAAGUGAAUCAGCUAAAGGAGAUGCAGCCUUAUAAGUUAAUUCAGAUUACAUCAAAUCUUUUAUUACAUUUGAAAGAGUUGAUGAAGAGGAAUACUCAACAUCUAAUCCAGCAAAUAUGAAGUAUUUGAUGAGAGAAUAGGUCAAGACAUGUAACAGUAAUAAGAAGAGUUCAGUGCCAGAUAAAAUGUCAUUCUGUGAUACAUCAGCUAUAUAGUAUUUACCUUCAUCUGGGUCAACAUUUUCAAAUCCCAAUAAUAAACCUGUCUGUUUGCAAUCAUCUAUAUUUUCGGCUGAUCCAACAUUGUUAAAUCAAUAAAUUUCUAAUUGUGCUGAAAUCUCAACCAUAAAUUAAUUUUAUACAACCCAAUCGUCAAAAUGGAAGCCAGUACAAGAUUAAGAAAAAUCAAUUAUAAAUAAACAUAAAUAAAAUUAAGAUGCCUUGAUUGCCAAAUUUGAUGCCAUCACAUCAUAUACCACGGCUGCCUCAAACUAUUUAAAAUCAAUCACUGACAAAAACACUGGAGCACUAUCGGGUGUCAAUUGUAAAUUUGUUCAAGUUUCUAUUACCAGAGUUUAAAAUGUGAUGUGUGCCCAAUCGUUUAGACUAUUUUAUUAUUUUUGGAUCUUCUUUGCUAUAAUUUCCAUCUCAAUGUGGUUGAGUGCAAUCAGUAUUUUUAGAGUAAGCAUUGGAAUUUAUUAUUUGUCUAAGGGAGAUGCUUAUCUACCAGGUGAUUACACUAAUGGAUAAUAUACUUAAGGAAAUGUGCCUAUUCCUAUUCCAUAAUAGGAUAUAAGUCUAUAAUAGGGACUUGUGUAAUAAGGUUAUGUUUAGUAAGGAUAUUUGUAAUAGGGAUAUGUUAAUUAACCUGCAAUUCAAAAUAAUCAGUACCAACCACCACAAUGA